UUUCGAAGGAGGGAGCCUGUGCCUGCCCAUAGAAUCUAUAGAAGUGGAAGCCCUCCGAAGAAAGAUGGGGCCUCUGAUGGCAUCUUUGGUAAUAGGGAAGGUGUAUUGAAUCGUAUGUACGAAGUACCUAACCUAAUGCUUUACGACAUGUACAAAGAAACUAGUCUAUCUUAUCAUCUUAUCGCCUUAUCCGGCGGCACAUUAUGGGUCUUUACGUAUGUACACCAUGUCGAGAGUUAAACAAUUCGAUGCAUAUCAUUAAACCUUCAACCUCGAAUUUGCGCAAACCGGCUCAACCUAGGCCGGUGUAUAUUUAAGCUAUCCGCUGGUACGGGUCCUUUGUAACCAGGUCACCGGAGUUCAAGAUACAGGCAGCCAAUCCACCUACAAAACCCGAUUUCAACAUGGCGGACAGAUCUAUGCCCUCGUCCUUCGAUGACGACAGGGAAUACAAUGAAACUGGGUCCCAGAAGAUCGGCCGCAAACUGCGAGAGGAGCCUCUAAUCCCCCUCGGAACCCUCCUAACCACCCUCGCCGUCUACAAUGCCUGGCGCGCCAUGCGCCGCGGCGACCACGCGCAAGUGCAACGCAUGUUCCGGGCGCGCAUCGGCGCGCAAGCCUUCACAGUCAUGGCCAUAGUCGCGGGUGGCACCUACUACGGCGCGGAUCGGGAAAAGCGCAAAGAACUAAUUAAACUCGAGGCGCAGCAGCGCGCCGAGGAGCGCCACCAGAAGUGGCUGAAGGAGCUUGAGGUCCGAGACGAGGAGGACAAGCAGUUGCAGGCGGCGAUGAAGCGCCGGCAGGACCGCGUGCAGCAGCGGCGAGCGGAGGAACGGGAGCGGGUUGCUGUGGAAGAGGGCGAGACAGGUUCGGGAGUUGAAGAGGAGAAGAAGAAGAAGGAUAGAGGGUCAAAUGUACUAGGUGCUCUAUCGAGUGCUGGUGGUUGGUUUGGAACGAAGAAAAGUGAAAAUCCGACAACAUCUGAGCAAAGUAAGGGCCGAGAGGGAGGUUCGGAAAAGAAAGCUUAAAUGGGAGCUGCCAGGCUGUAACAUGCAUUAUGGAAUUUUCAAGUGACUAUUUUCGGGUUCGGUUCUGAAGAAAAUAUUGUGUACCAAACUGGAUCAGGACCGGAAGGUUAGAGAAGAGUACAUCUGAGGGCAAAUGAUUGAAAAGUCAUUUUGAUAGGCCAUCCGAAAGGAGCCUAUGCAUACAC